AUGCCACCAAAGAAGGCUGCUAAGGAAGAAAAGAUUUUGCUGGGGAGACCUGGUAAUAAUCUGAAGAGUGGUAUUGUCGGACUUGCAAACGUUGGCAAAUCGACUCUCUUCCAGGCGAUCACAAAGUGCCCAUUGGGAAAUCCUGCGAAUUACCCAUAUGCCACUAUUGACCCCGAAGAAUCCCGUGUUAUCGUUCCAGAUCCACGCUACGACUGGCUCUGCGAACAUUACAAACCCAAAUCCCGAGUUCCAGCCCAUUUAACAAUCUACGACAUCGCUGGUCUGACGAAGGGUGCCUCUACCGGUGCCGGUCUCGGAAAUGCCUUCUUAUCCCACAUCCGUGCCGUCGACGCCAUCUUCCAAGUCGUCCGUUGUUUCGAUGACGCAGACAUCAUCCACGUCGAGGGUGACGUCGAUCCGAUCCGUGAUUUGGAAAUUAUUGCCGACGAGCUGAGAAUCAAGGAUACCGAAUUCACCGAAAAGGCCCUUGAUAAUCUUGUCAAGCAGACCAAGCGCGGUGGACAAUCGCUCGAGAUGAAGAAGUUGAAAGAAGAGCAGGCUAUCGUUGAGAGAGUACUCGCUUGUUUGCAGGCCGGAAAGGAUGUGAGAAAGGGAGAAUGGGGUAAUAAGGACGUUGAGGUUAUCAACAGUUUACUCCUCUUGACCGCCAAGCCAGUUAUCUACGUUGUCAACCUGAGUGAGAAGGAUUACAUCCGACAGAAGAAUAAGCAUCUCCCCAAGGUCUUCAAGUGGGUGCAAGAAAAUUCUCCUGGUGACAUGAUUAUCCCACUCUCCGUUUCAUUCGAAGAGAGGUUGUCAAAAAUGGAAGAGGCCGAGGCAAAGGCCGAGGAAGAGAAGGCGGGUGGUAAGAGUGCACUCGGCAAGUUGGUUAUCAACAUGAGGAAGGAAUUGAACUUGGGAAGCUUCUUCACAUGCGGUGAAGACGAGGUUAGACAAUGGACUAUCAGAAAUGGCACUAAAGCCCCCCAGGCAGCCGGUGUUAUCCACACUGACUUCGAAAAGACUUUCAUCCAAGCCGUCAUGUUCAAAUAUGCCGAUUUGGUCGAUUUGGGCAAUGAAGCCGACGUCAAGGCUAAAGGAAAGGUCCAAACCAAGGGCAAGGACUACGUCGUUGAGGACGGUGAUAUUCUUCAUUUCAAGGCCGGUGCUGCGAAGAACUAG